GCCCCGCCUCGGAGCGGGCGGCGGCGGCGGCGGCGGAGGAGCCCGCGGAGCAGGAUGGCGGCCUCGGCCCUGUACGCCUGCACCAAGUGCACCCAGCGCUACCCCUUCGAGGAGCUCUCCCAGGGCCAGCAGCUCUGCAAGGUCCGUGGGCGCCGGGCGGCGGGCGGGCGGGGUGUGCUCGGCCGUGGCCCCGCUCUCUCAACCGGCGCUGUCGGGGUCUGGAGCUCCGGCCCCUCACCAGGGGGAACCCCUUGGUCCGAGGGCCUGAGCAUUAGCUGGGGCAGGCCCCUGAGGUGAAGACAGAACCUCGUCCUCUUCCAGGUGGCGCACGAGGGGGCCGGGCCCCGACAAGGUUCAGGGGUCUCGGGUGGAGCUGAGUGAGGCAGCCGUCGGUCUGUGCCGCAGAGAUCCUGGGGUGGAGAUGUUUUCAUCUCUAUUUUCUUCUGCCUGGUCUGUCCUCUCCUUCCACCGGGAGGCAGGGGACGGUUUUUGCACUUUCUUGCUAGGAACCUGAAGCCGCAAAGCUGAUGGCAUCCUUCUUCCCUGUCCAGAAAAGCGAAGCGACUGGCCUGGGAACAGAAUGCUCUAUGAUUUGGAGCUCCUCCCAUCCCGUUAAAGCCGGGAUGCUGUCUGUGAGCAACGGAAUGUCGGAUUGCUCAUCCUAUUGUAAAAUGUACAUACUGCAGAUCAGAAUUUCAACAGGAGAGCAAAACUAACACAAUUUGUAAGAAGUGUGCUCAAAAUGUGAAGCAAUUUGGCACACCUAAACCUUGUCAGUACUGUAACAUAAUUGCAGCGUUUAUUGGUACAAAGUGUCAGCGUUGUACAAAUUCAGAAAAAAAAUAUGGACCACCUCAGACCUGUGAACAGUGCAAACAACAAUGUGCUUUUGAUCGGAAGGAGGAAGGAAGAAGAAAGGUUGAUGGAAAGCUGUUAUGCUGGCUCUGCACUUUGUCAUACAAGAGGGUUUUACAGAAGACCAAAGAGCAAAGGAAGAGCCUGGGAUCUUCACAUUCAAACUCAUCUUCUUCAUCUCUUACUGAGAAAGACCAGCAUCAUUCAAAACACCACCACCACCACCACCACCAUCACCAUCGCCACAGCAGUAGUCAUCACAAAUGUCAUUUAUGUAUUUUUCAGAAUCAGCAGUCUGAGUCCAGAACAAGAGCAGGGACUGUGGAAACAGAGCCAUAAAUCCUCUGCAGUAAUUCAGAAUGAAACUCCAAAGAAAAAGCCCAAAUUGGAAUCUAAGCCAUCUAAUGGAGAUAGUAGCUCUAUAAAUCAGUCAGCAGAUAGUGGGGGAACAGACAAUUUUGUCCUUAUAAGUCAACUGAAAGAAGAAGUGAUGUCACUUAAACGUCUUUUACAACAGAGAGAUCAGACUAUUUUAGAGAAAGAUAAAAAGUUAACUGAACUGAAGGCAGACUUUCAGUAUCAAGAGUCAAACUUGAGAACAAAGAUGAACAGUAUGGAAAAAGCUCAUAAAGAAACUGUGGAACAACUUCAGGGAAUUGUGAAGAGAAUCCUUGAACAGAGCCUGGCAUAUAGUUACUCAGGUUUUAUAUUUCAUCCUUGUUAUCAGACCACUUCCUUAUAUUGUCUGUUUUUUCUGCAGACAUUCUGUCACUGUCUUAACUGCAUUCCCAUUAGCAACCAUGUACUAGCAGGUUCUCUACCUAGGUGAAGAAACAUAGUUAACUAUUUUUCUUGUCUUUUUGUGAUACGAAACAGCUUUGUAACAGAAAGUUUACCUUGCUCAGUAGUUCUCAAAACAUUGUAAACUAUUACAUCUGAGGAAUAAGCACUGAGCAUCACAAGAAAAAAUUGUGCAAAAUACCAAAAAAAAAAAAAAAGACCCAACAAAACCCCACCAAACCCCCAAUUUUCUAAAAUUUUAAAAAUAUUGAAUUAAAAAGUCAUCUUCCAUUUAGAAGUUGAUAAAAGGGGAAGGGAACUAAUGUUUGAGUGCCUACUGUGUACCAGCCACUGUGUUAGGCUGUUUGAUAUGUUUGAUUAGUUCCUUCAACUCCUUUUCUGGUGGGUUGUAAAAUUCCUGUUGUACAUAUCAGAAACUAGACUUCAGGUUGCGUAGCAGAUAAGUAGCAGAGUGAGGAUUUGAAGCAGGAUCUGUGUGAUUCUUAAUCCAGAUACUCUUUUCUUUUAGGCCAGCAUUUCUUAACAUUUUUAACUUGCUUAAGAAUUUUUAAAUAGUUUAAUUGAUUUUUGCAGGGUGCAUAAUAAAAAAGUAUUAGUAUUAAAAAAUGUAAAUGCAUAUAUAUUUAAAUAUUGUAUUAUGAAGUAUAUUCUUACUAUACCUACAUUAGAAUAAGACAAAUUUGGACUUGUUUCCAUUUAACAAAUGAUGCGCUGUUAAUUUUUCUUAAAGGCUUUUUUUCUUACAUAUUUUAUCAGCUAAAGAAUUUAUUAGUGGGGUAAUUAGGAGACUUAGUAUAUAAAUACAGGUUGAAAAUUAGCUGCUAAAGAAUUAAGAGGAAAACUACUUUCAUUACCUAAAACGUUUCAGUUCUUAUAUUUCAUAUUUAGUAUAUGAAAAUUAUAAACUUAUUGAAUUUAUUUCUUGAUGACUGAGAAUAUAUGAGGAUUAACUAAUGAUUAGCAAAUGAAACAAAUCAUUAGUUUUGUUAAUUUUUUAAUUAUCUUUUUAAUGAUUGGUGUGUUAUAGUACAAGCCCUUUUGUAUAAGUGCAACUGACAGAUCUGAUGGAGAUUCUCUGAGGCAAAUUUGCAGACAUGCCUUUUUUAAUGCCCUCAUUAAUUUAUAUGUUAAAUUUCUCUUCAGAUCGCUACUUGUAGGCAGUGAAUCUGUUAUAGUUAUAAACUAAGUAAUAUGUAGCUAACCAUAAAAAGAAAGCAAUUUAAAACUACCAUAUUGACUAGGACUGGUCAACUGAGAAAUAGACUGAUUGAUCAUGAGUGUUCUCACUUGACUUCUAACUACCUGGCAUUCUCAUUGAUUUGUCCUUUGAGUUUCUCUGUUAAGUUUUAAUGAGAAAAUAAAUCCUUUUAAAUUCUUGAUGAUUUUCUAAUUUGAAAUUGAAAUUCAGUUUGGAAUUGAAAUUCUUAAUUACCCUUAAUUAUUAAAUAUCUGUUGAAUAGAGAAAUGCCUGUUAAUCAUGCAAACAUAAAUGAUGUGCAAAUAUAAGAUAGUUUUAGGAAUAUUUGCAUUUUGGAGGUCAUAAGUACUUAUGGAGAGGUUAUAAGGGAGGGGUGGGGGAGCAGAAGUACAAAGCCUGGAAAAAUGUUUAUAUUUCAUGGAGCUGCUUUAAGACAUCAGGCAGUGUAGGCAGGGUGUUACCUUGCCAUACAAAGGCUAAAACUAGACUAGGUGAAGCACUGAGGCUAAAAUGUCUAUCUGGGUAAGAAAAAAUAGACCUGUGAAGCAAAAUGGUUUUCAAACAUAAAUCAAAGGCUAUCUUUUAAAAGUUUGUUAUUUUUAGAGCAGCACUCAGGUUCCAAACUGUUGUGGACACCUCAUUUGACUCAAAACUCCAAAACUGUGUAUAUAGACAGUCCUUGUUAUCUGUGUUUCCACAGUUAAAAAAUUGCAUAAAGAGACAAAAGCAAUCAAAAUAUGAAAAUAUUCAGUGAGUGGUCCCACUUGCACAUUCCUCCUCACUAAACACUAGUGCUUUUCUGGCUCAAGGGCAGUAUCUUUGUCAGUGGUGAAUGGAACAUUUGAAUGAAGUGUAAGUUUAGUUCAGAUUGAUAGCAAGGGGAAAUUCUGAAUCUUUGAAAAAAAAAAUUCAGCCUUUCAUGAAACUGAAAAUAGGGAUGAUGUGUGACUGCUUAAAUUACAUCAAAGCCAAUACCAAAUGAGUGUAUGGCAGUUAAAAGAACAAAAAUAAGAUCAGAAAGGGCAGUUCUGAUGGGUGCUUCGAAAAAAAUAUUUGAGUAUCAUUAAACUUUAAGGAGUCCCUUUGGCAAAGUGAUAAAGUCUAAAUUUUUUUGCAAAGAGGACCUCUUGCUAUUCUUGUUUUUUAAAGAGGGAAACAUCAAGUGAAAGACUUUACACAGUUUGUUGGGAAACACUCCUCCCAAAUCAUCACUUGAGUCAUUUGAUCUUAUUAAUUAUAAAACUUAAUUUCAUAGUUUUCAUUUUUUGUUUUUAAGAUAAAGAGCCAAACAUUUUUUUUCCAUUAAAAAUUUUGACCUUCUUUAAGUGGAUUCACUUAAAGUUGCCUUUUUUGUAACCACUUAUAUCCAUGGCAACAAUUAUAUUAAUGUUGACAUUUACAAAGAGGUCCAGUCUAUAGAAACCAAUGUAGGAUUUUUCUUCCACAUGUCCAGUGUUAAAGAAAGGAACAUAAAUAUACCAACUCUUUGAGUUAUCUUUCUGUGUUUCAAUUAAGUCUUGUUCUGUAAGUGAAAAGAAUAGCAUUAAAUAAGUAGUGCUCUUCAGCAUGACUUAAUAUUUCAAACAUUUUUAAUCGUAAAUGUUUUUGUCUC